UCAUACCCUCAAAACAACACAGAAUGAAAGGAAUAAGAAGGAAAAUUAUAAACGUACCAGCCCCCCCACCGAACUGUUAGCUUAUAUUCUUCAUCAUGUGUUAAUCUAGCCACCCUAUCGUCUCUGAAUCUUACGUUUAAUUCUAAACUAAGUUUCCUUACAAGUCCGUCAAGAUGCCUGCCCCUCAACCCAGCCAAAGUUGCCCUAAACUUCAGAGAGACAGAGCUUUGCCCUACCCUUGUGAACGACCCCCAGGAGAAAACAGCUGUACCUAACACUGAGUUGCCCCCUAAACAAACAAUAGAAUUACCAGAACAUUUAUUCGAUAUGAGUACUCUCGAGGAUUUCGACCUUGGACUACUGGACCUUCCAGUUUUGCCUGGCACUGCUGAUGGCAGUGGAGCAUCCACUCCAAGCCUGUUUUCAGGUAAUAACAUGUCACCAACGGGCCAUGUAGACUACAACGCGUCCCCAGUUGGCUUCCUUGAUUGGUCGUCUCCUGUGGGCACCUCUUCGCAGUUUUUGCUGGAUCUUUGCGUGUCAAAUAUACCUCCGCCAGCUCCAAUUGCAGGGGCCGAUGAUGGAUUAUAUCCGUCGACCACCGCGCUUGAAUGUGAAGACUUCUUGGGCCUAAUGCCAGUGCCUAUAGGUCUUCCGCAAGCGCUAACAUCUGACGCUUUAUUUGCGUCAACAAAUAAUUUGCUAAUGGGAAGUUCUUCUGCACUGUCCUCGACAAGCAGUAUAUCAUCUCUUUCUUCUCCCGACAAUUUGCAUAACACUGGAUCUGGAAUUAAGAGAGAAAUCUCUAUGAUUUCAGAGGACGGUACGGAAGGUGAAAGUUCCGUAUCUUCUGGCGAAGAAGUGACCAAGAAACCAGCGAGAAAGCAUAAGAAACCUCGUAUCAGUGAAUUGUCGGAGGCUGAUGCAACUGCCAAGCGCCAAAGCAACCGAGAAAGUGCUCGCAAGUCGCGUGCACGUAAACGUGAGCGUUUGGACAAUGUUUAUGUCGAGAACGAAACCCUGAAGAAAGAAAAUAUGGAGCUGCGUUUGCGUUUGCAAAUGUUGAUGACGUCCAUGAUCAUUUCACAAAGUUCGACCGUAACGACAGCUAAUACUGUUGGCGAGCUGAUGUAGGAUCAAGAGCGUUUAUCAGGCUGCGAGUUCAUAACAUAGAUGGUGUAUGUCGCCAUCCGUUGUAUUUGACAGUCGACAGAAAUGCCACUAUUUUCUAGUUUUGAAUAACUUGUUUCUAUCAUGUAUCUGUUUUUAAGUCCGAGGAGAGCCUUACAUAGUAUACCUGUAAGUAGUUCACUAUGUAUAUUACUAAACCCUUUAAAUAAACAUACGUUAAAUCAAUGAAUGA